AAAACUGGAGAAAGCGGACUGCGCGUGCGUAUCCAGACGUGGCAACGGCAUCAUGGCCUCUAGGAACCGCUACGGUAGUCCGGUGAGGGAGGCAAAAAUGUUCAUACUGGUAUUGAUGGUGUGGCUGGCGGCAGUGCUGGAGGCCGUGAAGGUGUCCCCUCUGAUCGAGAAGGUCAGUGAUCACAAAGACUUCAAGAAGCUUCUGAGGACCAGGACCAACGUGCUUGUGCUCUACACCAAAACAGAUUCGUCGGGGGACCCCCAGCUGAAGCUGCUGUCAGACGUGGCGCAGUCGGUGAAGGGCCAGGGGACCAUCGCCUGGGUCAACUGCGGAGAUACAGAAGGUCGCAAACUGUGUAAGAAGGUGAAGGUGGACCCGAGCUCGAAGGGCGUGGGGGCUGAGCUGCUGCAUUACAAAGACGGCUCGUUCCACACGGAGUACAACAGGCCGGCCACGUUCAAGUCCAUGGUGGCUUUCCUGAAGGACCCGUCCGGGCCGGCGCUGUGGGAGGAGAACCCAGAGGCUAAAGACAUUGUGCACAUCGAGACGGAGAAAGACUUCAGAAGGUUGCUGAAGAAGGAGGAGAGGCCGGUGCUGAUGAUGUUCUACGCCCCAUGGUGCGGCGUGUGUAAACGCAUGCAGCCCCUAUUCCAAAAGGCGGCCACUGAGACCAAGGGAAGAUAUGUGCUGGCGGGGAUGAACGUGCAUCCGAGCGAGUUUGACGGCCUCAAGCAGGAGUACAACGUCAAGGGCUACCCCACCUUCUGCUACUUUGAGAAAGGGAAGUUCCUCCACCACUACGAGGACUACGGCGCCUCAGCCAAGGACAUCGCUGAUUGGAUGAAGAACCCCCAGCCCCCCCAGCCCAAGACCCCGGAGGUCCCGUGGUCGGAGAGCGAGUCCCCCGUGUUCCACCUGACCGACGCCACCUUCGACAGCUUCCUGGAGGAGCACCCGGCGGCGCUGGUCAUGUUCUACGCCCCCUGGUGUGGCCACUGUAAGAAGAUGAAGCCGGAAUACGACGAGGCCGCUGAGGUCCUCAACAAGGGCUCUGACAGUCCGGGCGUUCUGGCGGCAAUGGACACCACCAUCCACAAGGCGACCGGCGAGCGCUUCAAGAUCUCGGGCUUCCCCACGAUGAAGUACUUUGAGAAGGGCCAGGACAUGUACGCCCUGCCCCAGCUCCGCAGCAAGGACGGCAUCCUCGACUUCAUGCGCAACCCGCAGGCACCGCCUGCCCCUGAGCAGUCAUGGGAGGACAAGCCCUCCAGCGUCAGCCAUCUGGGCACGGAGGACUUCCGGGAGGCCCUGAAGAAGAAGAAGCACGCCCUGGUCAUGUUCUACGCUCCCUGGUGUCCCCACUGCAAGAGCUCCGUCCCCCACUUCACAGCGGCGGCCGACACCUUCAAGGACGACCGCAAGAUCGCAUACGCUGCGGUGGACUGCACCAAGGGACAGAACCACGAUCUGUGCAAGCAGGAAGGGGUGGAGGGCUACCCGACCUUCAUCCACUUCAACUACGGCAAGUUUGCCGAAAAAUACAACGGAGACCGUGGGGAAGCGGGCUUCACUGGGUUCAUGCGCAGCCUGAGGAGCCGAGACCAGGAGAAGAUGAAGCGCAGAGAGGAGCUCUAGGAUUGGUUACUGGUAGAGGGCGGGGGUGGGGGUGGGGGCGGGGGCGGAGCUUGUCAUUGCACUGUGACCCCUUCACCUGGCAGGGCCCCCCCGAUCAGCACUGACGUGGGAGACUUGACGACCUCAGUGAAGGUUUACUUUUUAUUUUUUAUUAUUCUAGCAUGGUGAUCAUCGUUUGUGAAAACGCCGACGACCAAGUACAUGCAGUGUGGCCGGCCCCUCGAGACUUUUUCACGGAUGUUUUAAUGAGAGAGACAUGCAAACAAAACUGUUUUUUCUGUCCACAGAUACUGUGACUGCAUAUGUAAAAAAAGAAAAAAAAGGCUAUACCUUAUACUGUAUCUAUGCAAUCCUGACCCCCCCCCCCCCCUUCACAGACUUUGGGUUCGUGGGGGUCAGGGGAAGUGGGUGUUUUUGUCCGUGCCAGUGAGGGUGGUAGUAAGAGUUACCCCAAGUUUAAAGCGAUGACCAUUCAUAUUGUGUAGACGCCACCUGACGCAAACUACAGCACUGUUCACCACUCCGCCACGACGCUAACACACACGGGCUGAGAGAAUUACGCUGAUCUAGAUUAUUGUACCUCUCUUCUGGUUCCAAUAUUUUUGUACAAAACUUUAUGUCAGAAUCCAUAAUCAUUCUAGGAUCCUCUGGAGCUACAAUCACAGAUCAAUACAUGCUGGCGUGGCCUCAACCUGUUAAGGGCCGAUCCAUGACUCGGGUAGGAAAAUAAAUAGCUCUGAAAGUGCUAUGUCGAGGUUGUUUAAUUUUCUUAAACCGGUAUGACUUUAGGGUUGGUUGGUGGACAUUUUGUAAAGGUGCAGUUGCGCUUUGAGAAAAGUAUAUGAAAACCAAUGUCUUUGUUGAUUUCAAAAAAUGAGGCCUUAAAAUUAAUAAAGUAUUUACCGGUUGGCAGACAAAUGAGCCAAUCCAGAAUCAUUGUUCAAGUGUUCGGGGAGCAUAGGUUCUUUCUGAAGUUCCCUUCAAUCAGCGGUCAAGAAAAAAUAUGUAGUGGGAAAUAUGAAAUGUUAAAAUCUCAUGCCAAAAACAAGUAUUGGUUUGGCCAUCUGAUAUUUAGAUGGCUCAUAUAUUUUUAAACGUCCAUGGUUCAUUCCAUGCCCAAUAAACAUCACCGUGGACGUGCUUUUGCUGAUGUCUCCGACAGGCUUAGUCUGGACCACAUUUUCACAGACCCACAUCGGGCGGCCUGGGAUGUUUUCCCUUCAAGUCGCUGGGUCUCCUCAUAUCCGACCUCUGCUUUAUACUUUGGAGAUUCAGGGCACGGUUUUAAUUAGGCCCGUCCCAUGAUCUCGCUGCGUUUUCUACUCCCACUGAGCAAUGCCAAAGAGCGAUUGUGCAAGCAGAAUACUUGGGAGAGCCCCACCUUUUCGGACCAAGGAUGCUCCGACAUUGCCUCCGUGCGUCCCUCCCUCUCUGCCUCUCUGUCGCUCUGUCUGUCCUGUGACCCCGGGUCAGGUUUCGCCAUGCGUUUCUCGCCAUGUGUAUUAACAGUCAUUGUAGUUUCCCUUGCGCUCCCUUCCUCUGAGUCCAUCAGUGCAGUGGAUACCAUCUCACAGCCAUUACUGUUACCGAUGUGGCGCCUUCUUUAAAGCUGCGUGGGCAGCGCCCAGAUUUAAGCUGCCAUGAAUAUUUUAAAGGCUUAUCUGGAGCACAACUUGUGUUUUAUUAUUCAAUACUUUGGAUUUCUCUCAUUAUGAAAUAGGGUUCUCAGGGACAGCGAAACACAAUUAAAGGGAACUAAGUUAGAUUGUGAGUAGCAUUCCGGCCAGACGCUUUUGGAGCUCGUAGUUUUGAGUGAGAUGAACGAUUGUUUACAUUUAAAUUCCCAGAGGAGAAGACCGGGGCGGGGGAGCAUAAAAAAAUUGGUUGAGUGGUCCACUUCCCUAUACCCUGUUACAACAAGAUGCAUGGAAAUGUGUUGGUUCAACGGAGGGGGACAAAGGGAAAAAUGAUCACCAUUUAUUAAACCUUGACAUUAAUAGGCUAGUUCCAAAUAAGGUCGUCUCCAGAUUAACUUCUGGCUGACACCGAGCGGUAAUUUAGUUUUGUUCAGUGAUCAAUAUGAAUUUUGCAUUUGUUGGGAGUAUGCAGAAGCAGGGCCUGCUGACACAUCCGUUUGAACACUGCUUUAGAGAAUCGGCUGUUGACGUUUUCGCUGUAUCUAGCUGUAACGCUCUUACGUAGACACCAUGGUUUUUAACCGUAUGUUUCAUGUGCUUUAUUCGUUAUGGCCUGUAAAAAGAUGUGACCAUGUUCCACACAUCAUGUUCAUGUUCCAUAUCAUGUGGGGGGGGGGGGGAGGGGAGGGGAUUUAAUCACACUAAUGCCAAGAAGUCAUUGUUGCCUUUUGUUGAUUGAUCGGUCCCCAGCCACAUGUAACAAUAACAAUAAGUUGACAUGAAUGAGAUUUGAAAAAAAUAAUAAAAUCAUACAUUUCCAAAAAGUGUCACUUAUCACUCAUGUUGAUGAUUGUCAAGAUGUCCGUGUCCCUGUUAUUUAAAAUAAAUGGCGUACGAAUUUGUAAAA